AUGUUGUUGAAGCUUUGCAUGCUUCCUCACUGGGCUAGCUGCUCCGAAAAGAUGAAGUUUGUUUUCUUGAUCUUGCUUCAGGCAGCUGUGCUGCUUUUUACAAACGCCUCUGGCUUGACAGACAAUGGAACCAAGAGCGUCCAGGAAGAAAAAGCGGCUGAUGCUUGCCCCAUUAAGCUCAAAGCCAGUGAGAAAUGUGAUGAAGGAGCAGAGGAAUGCCCAUACCAGAUAACCUUGCCACCAAUGACCAUCCAGCUACCUAGGCAAUUUCAACUGAUUGAGCAAACUCUGAAAGAAGUGGAGAGCCUUAAGGAAGCGGUAAACAACUUGAAGAAGACCUGCCAAGACUGUAAGCUGCAGGCUGAUGACAACCAAGAAGCAGACAGCAAUGAGUUCCUGCCACCUGAAACAGACACCCCAGUGGACAACAGCAAGCUACAAGAUAACAGAGUGCAAGAACUGCAGAACAAGGUCUCCAGGCUGUCGGCUAGCCUGAAGGAUGCAAAGACUGAGAUCCACUCAUUACAAGGUCGGCUGGAGCAAAUGAACCUCGUCAACAUGGACAAUGUGGAAAACUACAUUGACAGCAAAGUAGCCAACCUGACAUUUGUUGUGAACAGCCUGGAUCACAAAUGUUCUUCAAACUGCCCGGCUGAACAAGCAAACGCAGCUAUACAGCUUCUACAAAGAGACUGCGCUGAUUAUUUUGCCUUGGGCAAAAGACACAAUGGCAUCUACAGAAUUGUUCCUGAUCCAAGAAAUUACAGCUUCGAGGUGUACUGUGACAUGGAAUCUAUGGGAGGUGGUUGGACAGUGAUCCAGAUUCGUCAGGAUGGCAGCACAAACUUCAACAGAACAUGGAAUGAAUACAAGAACGGUUUUGGGAACCUCAGCAGAGAGUUCUGGUUAGGGAACGACAAAAUUCACCUUCUGACCAAAACCAAGGAAAUGCAACUGAGGAUUGAACUUCAGGAUUUCAACGGAGUCAGAGAAUACGCAAAGUAUGAGCAGUUCUAUGUGGCCAACGAAUUUCUCAAAUACCGCCUGAGCAUCAGCAGUUACAGCGGCACAGCGGGGGAUGCCCUGCACUUCAGCAAACAUUACAACCAUGACCAAAAGUUCUUCACCACCCCAGACAGAGACAAUGACAGGUAUUCAUCUGGAAACUGUGGGGAAUAUUACAGCUCUGGCUGGUGGUUUGAUGCCUGCUUGGCUGCCAACCUCAAUGGCAAAUAUUAUCACAAAAAAUACAGAGGCGUUCGGAAUGGGAUUUUCUGGGGCACGUGGCCUGGCCUUUCAAAUGAUAUUCCAAGUGGUUAUAGACAGCCUUUUAAAAAGGUUAAAAUGAUGAUCAGACCUAAAAUAUUUAUGCCAUAA